AUGGUGUUCAAGGUCACCGUCGUCGUGUUCAGUCGCACCGCGCGCUUGGUGACGCUCGCCAACGUCGUCGCCGAGGGCGCGCGCGCGGUCGAGGGCGCCGAGGUGCGCGUGCUCAGAGUGCGAGACGCGAUCCGAGGGGAGGAAGACGCGGCGAGUUACGAGCGAGGGAUAUUAGACUGCGCGAUGGCGUCACCGGAAGACAUACUCGAGAGUGAUUGCGUGAUAGUCGGCGCACCGACGAGACACGGACGAAUAGCGUCGGAGAUGAGCGCGUUUUUCGACCGCUUGGCGUUGUUUCACGCAAACGGGUGCGCGCUCAAGGGGAAAAUCGGGAGCGUGUUCACCGAGGUCGGGAGCGCGGGGCAAGGAUACGGUGGACACGAGAUCGCUCUACUCAGUGUACAUUCGUUUUUCUUGCAGCAUGGGAUGAUAUCGGUCGGCGUGCCGCCUCUGCCCGUGCUCGAGUCGGCGCCGCACGCCACCGUUCUAGGGACGACGAUAUCCGCGGGUGUGGUGCGCACGGUCAACGCCGGGUUGUCGCGUAUCAGGGAGCUCAACGAAGAAGAGGUGAAGCUCGCGUACGCGCAGGGCGAGUGGGCGUCCGUGAUCGCGAAACAGUUACACGAUGACGGUGAAGUCGAAGUAUGA